GGGCUGCUAGAAAACCCAAAUCUGAUCCGUGCGGUCACCAUAACUUUCCUUCCUCGGCCAUUUUUGUUUGAUUAAACUUAUGGAAGAUUACGGCGGCCGCAACACCCCUCGCCAUCACCACUGCCACGGUGGCGGCGGGGGAGGAAGGGGCGGCGGUGGCGGCGGGGGCUCGGUGGCGACUCCCUUCGUGCUGAAGACUUAUCGGAUGGUAGACGAUCCGUCGACCGACGCCGUCAUCAGGUGGGGCAGAGAUGACAACAGCUUCGUCGUCGCUGACCCUUUCGCCUUCUCGCAGACGCUUCUCCCCUCCCACUUCAAGCACAAUAACUUCUCCAGCUUUGUCCGCCAACUCAAUACUUAUGGGUUUCGGAAGGUGGAUCCCGACCGGUGGGAAUUCGCCCACGCGUCGUUCUUGCGGGGACAGACGCAUCUGCUGAGGUUUAUUGUUCGGAGGAGCAGCGGCGGUAGCGGGAAGAAGAAGAAAGAAGGGUGGGAGGAGGAGGUUGAGGUGGAGGUGCUGGAGGAGGAGGAGGAGAAGCUGGCGGCGGAGGUGGUGAUGCUGAAGCUAGAACAGAGGAGGAUCGAGGAGAGGGUGGAGGGUAUGUGGAGGAGGGUGCAGGAGACGGAGCGCCGGCCGAGGCAGAUGCUGGCGUUUCUGGUCAAGGUGGCCGGAGACCCGAAGCUGCUGGAUCACUUCGCCGGACCUGCGGCGGACGCCAUAGAGGACGGCGCGAAGCGAGCCAGGCUUCCAUCCAACAGCGACAACGAAGGGGACGACUUAGCUGGCUGUCGGAACCAGUUUGGCACUUGGGCAGGGAUCGAAAGCGGGAACGAAGCGCGUGACGCGUUCAUAGGGACGGCCAUGGAUCCAGUCGGGUUUUGCGGCGGAAGAGGGGGGUGGGAGGAGAAUGAGUUUGGAGGGUUGGUGGACAUUGUAGGCGGAGGACCAACAAGUUUUUCUCUCCCUUUUCCGGUGGAGAAUGGGUUUUAGCUUUUGCUAGUUGUUUCUGUCUCGCCGCUUCGUCUGGCUAAGCUCCUCUGUUUUUUUUUUUGUCUAAAGAAGUAUGCGAAUCAGUAAAGUUGUGCAGUUUCAUUUUGUUCUGCUCUGCUCUUUUUUUUCCCAUCCCCUGUAACUUCCUCAUCAGAAACACCAGUUCUGAGUGUUUCUUUGUAAGAUUAGAUAGCCUUUGUGAAUUUUUCUUGGUGA